AUGGAACUGCAGGAGAUGUUUCGCUACGGAUACAUGUUCCCGCCACGCGAGGACGAGCCGCUCGUGCCUGCUUGCGCGUACCUGGACCUGAAUUACGCAAAGACGACGAACAAGACCGCCAUCGGCUUGCCACCCGUCAGCACCCUCGCUGUACCACAGAACCUCGUCUACGACAGUAGCAAUUGCAGCGACGGCUGGCACACCCCGAGUCCAACGGCGAGUCUGCGUUCCGUCAGUCCCGCUACCACGUUGUCGAUCUCAUCAGAACCGGAAACGAUUAACAGUGCGCCGACAUAUCGGCUAUUGGGCUCGACCGUCAAAGACAAGAGAAACACGACGAAGAGGGGAUCGACGAUCGAGCUGAGCAACUUUGGGAACAAGCGACUGCGUGUGGACGCGAUGGACCACUUCGUAGCCGAGGAAAUGAUCAAUUUGGACGUUGAGCGCGAGGACGCCGAGGAGACAAUCAACCUGGACGUUGAUAAAACGCGAUCCUGCCAUGGCAGCGUUAUCAGCAACUCCAGCAGCGGUGGCCUGUCCGACAGGACGUUGGACGGCGACAGUGAGGAGGAUGCGGAUGAGGUCAGUGACGGAGGAGCGGAUCAUCCGGAGAAUGCGCACGUCACUUCCGGCGGACGCGAUCCCCGCAGGAGGGGCAAGUACGUCAACUCAACCAUCGUAAGGAAACGCCGGCUGGCCGCGAACGCGCGCGAGAGGAGGCGGAUGCAGAAUCUGAACAAGGCGUUCGACAGGCUGCGCGCUUACCUGCCGUCCCUGGGCAACGAUAGACAGUUAUCGAAAUACGAGACGUUGCAGAUGGCUCAAUCCUACAUCACCGCACUUUAUGACUUGCUGCAGUAA